CGGACUUCCGGGGCUGGCUGGGGGAGCUGGGAUGCAGGGAGGCAGCGCCAGGUGUCCGAGUCUCGCUCCCCUUUUUACGAGCUCGAGUUUUUGUUCCAGGUGCUUUCUUCAUUGGAGGAAUUGCACUCAUCCAGUGGAUGGGUGAGGAUCGUUGCCAGUCUCCCCGAGGUAUUAACCCAGGCAACAUGAGGCUACUCACUGCCCUUCCCUCCUCGAUUGUUGAUGCCUCCCAGGAAGAAAUGCAAAAGCCAGUCCCGGAAAUCCCAACUGGCAUUCCGAGAAGGGCCUCUGGAGGGACCCAAGCAUCCCUAUGGAUCCCCACAGCCAGCCGCAGCCCUCCCAAGGCAUGCUCCAGUCAAACCAAUAGACCACAAGACCAUCACUUCUUGGGUAUCUCCUCAGUUUGAGAAUACAGGAGGCUGGUUGCCAGUCUACCAGAAACAACAUCAGGUGCCUUACAAUCUUCGGAAUCUGGCAAAAGGUUCAAGUCGAAAAGCGACCAAGAAUAGGUUUCCACCACUGUCCUUCAGGAGUUCAGUGUCUUCCUCCAGUGAAGCUGCUUUGGACAAUCUCUCAGUUAUGGACUUUCCUAUGCAGUGUCCAAAGGACACUGCCAGAAGGCCCUUGAACCCUCUUUUCAGUUCUCAAAGCUGUGGGGAAUUGUCUUCUCAUGACCUUCAAAAUUCAGGUUACAUGGUUAUCCCGCCUGAUAUCCAGACCCCAGAGCAGUCCCCUGUGAAGGACAGUGGGCAUAUUUCCACAGACCAGAGACAGCAUAUGAGAAGGAGCUGCCCCCUAAUGGAUCCUCCCAAGAGCCCAGAUCCUAGCCCUGUACUAGUUGCAGACACACCAGAGGAGAAAUAUGGACUGAAGGUAACUUGGAGACGACGAUAUCAACUUCUUACAUACCUCAGGGAGAAGGGAAAAUUGAGCAUGAGCCAGUUUCUUGUGAAGACAUGAGUAGAACCUUGAAAUAUUGAUCUCUUUUUACCAAUAACUUGGAUCCAGAAGGGCAGAAAUUUACAUUGCCCCAUGGAUGGUUUUUAUAGUGCUGCUAAAUCAAUUUCUGGCCCUUGAAGAUAUCAAAUCAACAGACUCAAGUAUCAUUUAGGACCCUUGUGGUCCUUUCUGUUGAUUUAAUAGGGAACCGUAUGCCCCAGAAUCAUUAUGUGAACUAAAGCUGAAGUUUCCUAAUGUGUUUUUUGGUACUGUUAGUUAGCAUAUACAAACCCUUCUUUUUAUAUUUUUCUUCCUGCCAUUUAUCCAGUUUAAAGAUAAUUCAUAGCAGUUAGAGGGAAAAUGGUGGUACAAUAUUUUCAACAAAUUGUAAAUAUGCACUUAAGGGUGGGAAGAUAACUUUUAGAAAAUAUUAAAAAUUACAAAUA